UCUACGUCCGCGCGCACGUUUCCAACAGAGACGCCGCUCUGAUUUGUUUGCUUUUUCUGAGUCAGCUGAUCGUUGACGUCAGCUUCUUGAAGUCUGUGUUCGAGGUGAAAGCAAGCAACAUCGAGGGCACGACACCGAAUUUACUGGUUGAGAUCGAAGCUCAGUAAAGGGAAAUUAAAGCUGUGUAAAGGAAAUUACAGUAACCAUGGCUCCAACAUUGUAUGAUAAGAAGCCGGAGCCAGGGGAUCUGAUAGAGAUAUUCAGAGGGAACUACCAGCACUGGGCUUUGUACGUUGGUGAUGGUUUUGUUGUUCACCUGGCCCCACCCUCCGAGGGACCUGGGACCAGGGCCAACAGCAUGAUGUCUGUGCUCAGUGACAAGGCUAAGGUGAAGAAGGAAGAGAUCUGGGAUGUGGUGGGGCAUGAUCAGUGGUGUGUAAACAACCAGCUGGAUGAGAAGUACCAGGUCAGACCCAUACGUGAGAUACUGAAGGAAGCCCAGACCUAUGUGGACCAGGAGAUGCCCUACUGUGUCUUCAGGGGGAACUGUGAGCACUUUGUCACAGAUCUGAGAUAUGGGAAGGCUGAGUCUCGACAGGUUCGUCAGGCUGUGGGAAUGGCUGCAAUGGUGGGCUUCGGAAUCCUUGCUGUUGCAGGUAUCGCAGCCAUCUUUGGAGGUGGAAGCAAGAAGAAGAAUGAAGAAGAAGAAGAAGAAUAUGAGUGACCAACUGUAUAAUAGCUUCCUGAGCAGCCAGUCACCAAUAAGCCUAAAAUAUAUAUAUUUUUUAACUACAGUACUGCCAUCGUCACUUGUAUAAUUCUGGGUUUUUCAGAAGGAAGGCUUGAGUAUUUCCAUAAUAUUUAAAUUUUUUACAGUUACACAGACAUGAAUUGAAAGCACAAGGAGGGAAAGUGUCUUGUUAUAAUUCCAAGGUAUACAGCCUUGGAGGGGCCAUAACCUUGCAGGCUGCUAAAAUAAGCUGGCUGUUUUAAAAAAUGUUGUCAGUUACUUAUAAGCUAUGAAGUUAACCAUACUAAAGUUUUAACAUAUUUAUGUAGACUCUCUUUAUAAUGUGAUAAAAUGGUAUUCUCACAUCACCCCGCUCCUCCGCUCUCUCCACUGGCUUCCAGUUGAAGCUCGCAUCCGCUACAAGACCAUGGUGAUUGCCUACUGAGCUGUGAAGGGAACGGCACCUCCAUACCUUCAGGCUCUGAUCAGGCCCUACACCCAAACAAGGGCACUGCGUUCAUCCACCACUGGCCUGCUGGCCCCCCUACCUCUGAGGAAGCACAGUUCCCGCUCAGCCCAGUCAAAACUGUUCGCUGCUCUGGCACCCCAAUGGUGGAACAAGCUCCCUCACGACGCCAGGACAGCGGAGUCAAUCACCACCUUCCGGAGACACCUGAAACCCCACCUCUUUAAGGAAUACCUAGGAUAGGAUAAAGUAAUCCUUCUAACCCCCCCCUUCAAAUAUUUAGAUGCACUAUUGUAAAGUGGUUGUUCCACUGGAUAUCAUAAGGUGAAUGCACCAUUUUGUAAGUCGCUCUGGAUAAGAGCGUCUGCUAAAUGACUUAAAUGUAAUGUAAUGUAAAUGUAUUCCACUGAAGUUCUAAUAUUUCUAUCAUGAGCAAAUUGUCUAUAGGACCCAGGGCUCUCAAGUGGCACAGCCGUCCAAGGCACUGCAUCUCAGUGCUAGAGACAUCACUACAAACCCUGGUUCGAUUCCAGGCUGUAUUACAACCGGCGCACAAUUGGACCAGCGUCGUCAGGGUUAGGUUUUGGCCAAAUGAGAAUUUUUUCUUAAUUGACUUGCCUCGUUAAAUAAAAAAAUAAAAGGACCCACAGAAUUACUCCUGGUUAGGGUUGAAGUGGAUACAUCUAAUGCUGCUUAUAUCGCUUUGUAAUGACUGACAGCGUUAUGAACAGGUGCAGGUGCCUCAAAGCUGGGACCGAGAGACUAAAAAGCAGCUUCUAUCUCAAGUCCAUCAGACUGUUAAAUAGCCAUCAGUAGCACCUUAGAGACUGCUGCCCAAAAUACAUACACUUGAAAUCACUGGAAACAUUAAUAAUGGAACACUGGUCACUUUAAUAAUGUUGUCAUAUUUUUCAUUACUCAUCUCAUAUGUAUAUUCUACUGUAUCUUAGUGUAUUCCGCUCCGACAUUGCUCGUCCAAAUAUUUAUAUAUUCUUAAUUCCAUUACUUUACUUUGGAUUUGUGUCCAUUGUGUGUAUUGUUGUGAAAUUGUUAAGAUAUUACUUGUUAGAUAUUACUGCACUGUUGGAGCUAGAAACAAAAGCAUUUUGCUACACUUGCAAUAACAUCUGCUAAACAUGAGUAUGUGACCAAUAAAAUUUGAUUUGAUUUGAACAAAAUCAUACUUUAUUUUUUAUUUUUUAUGUUGGAUUGAAAAGAUUUGAAAUCUUAACUGUGUUUGAUCUUUAAAAACUUCAGUUUGAAGAGUUUGUUUAUUAAAUAUAUUGAUAAACUGAACCUUAUUAGCAUUUUAGCUAAGUCGAUUAAGUCUUGACAUCCUCUUUGAUAUGUUUUGAUAGGUUUGGUUUUUGAGCUUGAACUAUUAUUAAUUAUUAGUUAUGAAAGAGACAUGAGGGGUGCCGUAAUGAAGCCUGGGAGGGGCUGAGUGCAGGGAACAGUCACGUGGCAGUACUGAUAAGGGGAGGAACCGUUUAAGGCCCAGAUCACUCAGCUCCUUGCCUAGAAAUAAUGAUGCAAUGUUUGGCGAUAACGAGGAGACUCCACCCAAAGUGGGGUAUGUAUACUACCAAGGGUGAAACCAUGUUUUUUGUUUAAUGCAGCUGUACUGACCCUCUGGGAAGAAUAAACUUGGUUUAAAGCUUU